ACCCAGGCUUUCAAAGCUCUCUCCCCCCCCCCCCCCCCCCUACCUAAUCCCCUCUGUUUCUUUUUUUUUUUUUUUACCGAGAAAUCUCUCUCUAGAUUCCGAGAAAACGAAGAUCCGAGAGAAAAUUGAGUCUUUUUUUCUCUUCUUUUCUGGCCUCCAGAUUUCGAUAUAUCCUUGUUGCUGUUGUGAAUGGUGGAAACAACCUUGAGUAGUAGUAAUUUCAUGCUCUCCCUUUGUAAAACAAGGGUGAGCGCUCUUCUUCCUCUAUCUGCAGCUUCUGCUUUCGCUUUCGGAUCCUGCAAGGAAGGCUGGUACUACCGCUGCCUCGGCGUCGACCCGUAAACUGAACCGACCCGCUCCUGAUUUUUUGUUCUCGUCAUUCUUUCAUUCAAGAUUCCUCCUCUGUACAAUUCUUGGCUUUCUUUUGCGAGUCGUUUCUUUGUUGUUAUUCUUGAUAUCUUCUUCGUUGUCGGGAAGAGGGAUUAAGAUUUGUCGGUUUUGGGAAUUUGGGUUUUGAAUACUGUGGAGAUGUUGCUGUACAACAAGCAGAAGAAGAACCAAAACGCCAAGGGCAAUAGGCUCCUCAUCAGCAUCAAUGUGCUGGGAAGUGCAGGACCGAUCCGCUUCGUGGUUAGCGAGGAGGAGCUUGUUGCAGCUGUUAUUGACACCGCCUUGAAGUCCUACGCACGCGAGGGGAGGCUUCCGAUUCUCGGCUCUGAUCUCAAUGAUUUCCUGCUUUACUGCCCCAAUGCCGGAUCUGAAGCACUUAGCCCCUGGGACGCAAUCGGAUCUCACGGAGCUCGUAAUUUCAUGCUCUGCAAGAAGCCACAGACACAGAAACUGGAAGACGAUGGUAGAUCGAGUGCGGCCAUUACUUCCCGAAAGGGAGCAGGUAGCUGGAAGUCAUGGAUUAACAAGUCCCUGAAUCUUAAGAUCUCUUCCCACUAAAUGGAACAUUGUUUUGUUCUAUUGGAAUCAUCAUGCCAUUGUUGAAUUUGUUUCUUUUGUUACCCUUCUUUGAUUAGUCAUGUUAAAGACUACUAUUGGUAAUGUCACUUAAGACUUUACUUUAUUAUGAUUAGAAGAGAAAGAACCUCUGUUGUUCUUUAUGAAUAAACUUCAAAUUCCACCGAGCCGGUUGGCUUGGCUUGCAAUAAAAUUUCUUCUUUGAUCA